GUUUCAUGACUCCUGAGGAGAGGAAGGCGUUUGAGAAGAUCCGGUCCCCUCACCUGAAGUACUGGAUUCCCAUCGUCUGGUUCUCCAACCUGGCGUCCAAAGCCAAGCAGGAAGGACGCAUCCAGGACAGCAUCGACCUGCAGAACAUCCUCAACGAGAUGAACGUGUUCAGGAGCUGGUGUGCGACUCUCUUCGGCUACGACUGGGUCGGGAUCCCGCUGGUCUACACCCAGGUCGUCACUCUCGCCGUCUACACUUUCUUCUUCGCUUGUCUGAUUGGUCGUCAGUUUCUCGACCCGGCUCAGAGUUACCAAGGUCACGACCUCGACCUCUACGUGCCAGUCUUCACGCUGCUGCAGUUCUUCUUCUACUCAGGCUGGCUGAAGGUAGCGGAGCAGCUGAUCAACCCGUUCGGAGAGGACGACGACGACUUUGAAGUUAACUGGAUCAUCGACAGAAACCUGCAGGUGUCCCUGCUGGCUGUAGAUGAGAUGCACAUGAACCUGCCCCACAUGACCAAAGACCUGUACUGGAACGACUGCGAGGCGCGCCCCCCCUACACGCUGGCCGCUGCCGACUACUGCAUCCCUUCAUUCCUCGGCUCCACCACCGACAUGGGACUCUCCGACAUCCUGCAGUUUGACGAGACGGACGUCAGCAACAUCCGACCCCGGCAUCAGGACUCUGUGCCGGCUUGGCGGCAAGAGUCGGUUCUGGGUCGAGUCCGCCGGCUGCUCAGCGUCCAGGAUCCUCCUGACCUCCGACCUCCUCAGCCCAUCUUCAAACGACACAGCAGUGACGCGACAGAAAGCUUCUUCCCAGACUUCAGGGUUUACCCACGUCCAGAAGACAUGGGUUUACCCCCCACCGCCAUAGACACCCUGUCCACCUUAAGGGAGGUCAGCAGCGACUCUACAUCCCCUGAAAGCUCACCCUUUACCGUUUUCCCCCGGCUCGUCAUUAGUCCGCCGUUGUCCAGCGACGUCUGUCACAAGACGGAUUCUUCUGGCAAUGGGGAAGCGGCAAAACCUCAUAAUGGACUGGAUCCGUCCCCCACUGAGGAAGCACCAGGCUUAGAUACCCCGAGGCCCGGCUCCUCGAUGUGUUGUUCCCCCACCCAGCUAGGACCCAAGAAAUUCCGCUGGACAAAUCAAUCACCAACCCGGCCACGGGGGCGCCAGUUCUCCUUCCAGUUCUCCAGGCAGUCAUCGAAAGGGUCGGUCCGAAGCCUGCCGAGCCCAAAGGGCCUGGGUAGGCGGAGACGUGGCCUGGCUCGCUUCCAGUCCCGACGAUCACCCGGUCCACCUUCGGACACUCUGCAGCUCCCGGACCUAGACUACGACCACGACUUCCAAGGAGUGGCAGAGACAACGGACGACGUGGAGGAAGUAACCAACGACAGCGAAGACAUCAGAAACCAGGACACCCAAACACAGAGCUCGGAGAAAAAAUAAGAACCACUCACACAUAAUACCGCCCAAUCAGAGCCAGUCCCAGAGCUGGGACCAGUGCCCAAAAAGAGAAGUCACAUGAGAAAAGUUGCUUAGAAAUCUCCAACCUCUCAAGGGAUGUUUUGAACCGCAUGUUGCCCGCUUAUUCACUGGAGAUAAACCCCCACCCUAACCCCAACAUGUACACCAAAAAAACACAAAAGAUACAAAACUCGUAAUCAACUUUAAGAUCAGAAAAUGGGCAACUUGGGCAAAGAUGGAAUGAGCAAGCACCAACCACUUGGACUCAGCUUAAUAAGCUGAAAUGUUCAAGAUAAAAGCCUUUUUUUAUGCCUUAAUGUUUUAACACACAUAAGAAAGAAGUGAAAUUAUCCACCAAGAGCUGAACCUGUUGUAGAGACAAUGUGUAGACUGUCGAGACUGACUCACUUCAACACAGCCAGCGUUGUGUUGGGGGUCAUCUGGUGGCCAUUAGAGGAACUGCAGCUGAACAGACUUCCGUUUUGGGUCCAACCAUUGACUGAAACUAUGAAUGGACAACGCAUCCGGAUUGGCAACUGCUAAUGUGGAAGUGCCUUAAACCUGCAUCCUGAUGUCCAGCAGGGGGGACUCCUU